AUGUUGAGUCUUUUAAAGCUGACUGUCAGGAUUCACUGUGGCCGUCUGAGUGGACAUCAGUGCAAUGGACAGAAAAUUAAGAAAAAUUUAAAGGAUUUUACUCUGUUGAUGGAAAAAUUGGAUGUGAUAUAUGUAGAAAAGUGAGUAAAUUAAAAACCCCUCAAAAGAUUGAAAUAUCUUAAGAAUGGCCAACAUGUGAAAUUGAUGGAGGAACAAAUACUAACAAGAAAACUCGCCUCACUGUUUAAAGAAAUAAACUUAAAAACAUUUUGAAUCCAAUGCACACAAAUCUGCUGUUCAAAUAUUAAACAAUAAAGAUAAGAAUAUGUUGUCCAAGCUUAUGGAAGAAAAGGAUUACCAGAUAAACAAAGCUACAUAUUCUAUUUUCCGCACUGCUUAUUAUAUAGCAAAUUAUAACCGUCCACUUGAUGAUCAUUUAAAACUAGUAAAAUUAGAGGAACUAAAUGGUAUAAAAUUAGGGUUUACCCUCCAUUCUAGACACUCAUCUACCAAUAUUAUUCAACAUAUUUCUAAAGAAAUGAAACAUAAAAUUAUUUAAACACUAAUUUUAGUAUUGGAAAAAUCAACUUGGCCCGAGGACCUAGAUAUUUGAUAUGGAGAAGAUGAUAUUAAAUACUUAUGUAAAAGAUUUUCACUGGACCAAGAUGAUGCUAUUAGCGCUAUGAGAAAAAUAAUUUACGAUCAAACUAUUGAUCCUAAAAACGUGAUGUCUGCAUUUUAUAUCUUUCUUAAAACAUUUCCAUAUUCAACCGCAGAAUGUGAAAGAGGAUUCAGUGUUAUGAAUAACAUUUGUACGGAUCUUUGUUCACGGUUAAUGAUAAAUAAUAUUUCUAAUUUAAUGUUUAUUAACAUAAAUGGACUUUCCCUAAGUGAUUGGAAUCCUGAAGAUUACGUGAAAAGUUGGCUCUUCAAUCAUAGGUGUGCAGAAGACACUAGGACCAAAAUAGCAAGAAAUAACAUAGGCAAAUUUGAGAGCAAAGUUAUCAAAAAGAGUCUAUGGCAAAUUCUGUAA